CUUCACAUUCAAUCCUUUUCUUUUCCUUACAGUUUUAUCUCACAAAACCAAACUUUUUUUCUUGUUGAUUCUAAGGUUUCUCUUUCGUUAUCUCAGGAAAAUUCCAAAAAGAAAAAGGGUUCUCUUUUACAGAUUUAAGCUCCCCUGUUUUUGCUUUGUUUUCCCCUUACGUUUUGGGGAGAAAGAUGUUCUCAAGUGUCUGUCAAGGUUUGCAACUGUGCCUAGAGCCAAGGAUCGUUGAAGCACCUUUUUUUAGGCUCAAUAUGUCUCCAUCACCAAUUAACCUUAACUCGAACCAGCCAGGCGCCGGCAUUACCGAUAUUGACGACAACAACGACGACAAUGAGUGUAAACCGAUAGUUAAUCAGAAUACUGAUAUUGGUGGAUGGAGUUUUCUUCAAUCCUUGGCCUGCUCCAAAAGUUCAAUCGACCAUAACGAAGUUUACGUGCACCCUCUUGUUAAGAGUUCAGCUUUUACCCUUAGUGAAAGCCUUGAUAUGUGCACCGAAAGCUUAGGCAGUGAGACCGGAAGUGAAGUCAGUGAUCGCAGCAACGGCAUUCCCUUUCUUCUUUCAGAGACCGACGGUUUUGACACAUCGAAACCGAGGGAAAAGUCGGCAACGAGAAGAAUGAGUCGUAGAAGCAACUUUCCACCUCCUUUGACGUCCAUUGGCGGCUCAACCGUGAGUUAUAUUCCAUUGAAUACUAGAAGAACGAGUCGAAGCAGCAGCUUUCCGCCUCCAUUGACGUCCAUUAGCGGUUCAAAUGGUGUUCAAGUCACAUCUCACCGUGAAGGCGGCCGCCUCGUCGUUCAAGCCGUUAGUGCCCCUACUUGUCAUACAUACAUGCAUGCAGAACGAACCGAGGGAAGGCUUAGGCUUUGUCUUUUUAAAGAUAGUACCACUAAUACCCCCAUUUCUGAUGACCAUGACGGUGAAGAUGAAGAUAUUACUAUCCCGAUUUUCGACGAUGAAGAUGAAGGACGAGAAGAGGUAGCCGAAGAAGAUGAAGCGGUUAAUGAAGAAAACGGUGUCGUAGAAUGUGAAAUUGAAGAAGAAAGGUGUCAUUGGGGAGAUGAGGGUAUGAAUGUAAAGAGUGGGAAUAUUGAGGGUAGAAUUGGGAUGGGGAAGUUGCCAAGGCGAAGCAGUUGCAAAGAAAGACGUUGUAGGCACAAAGGGUUGCUUGCUUGGGAGCCAUACUUGGUGGCCACUUAAAAUGUUUU